AUGUUCAACCUCGUAACUCUCUCCACUGUUGCUAUCGCCUUGGUGCACAGCGCAACUGCCAACGACAAGCGCGGCAUUGCGUUCCCCGCGAGCAACCCCGCUGGCGACUUGGCGAAGGCGGGCGGCGCGCAGGCGUCUUGGGUGUACAACUGGUCCCCUAAUGCGCCCAGCAACAACCCAGGGCUCACCUUCAUCCCCAUGCAGUGGGGCUCUGCUGAUAUUGGGAGCCUUGCAGCCACUGUCAAGACCCUCGGGGCCAAGACUAUUUUGGGCUUCAACGAGCCAGACAUGAGCGCCCAAUCCAACCUCUCUCCCACUGACGCAGCGAACUUAUGGAAACAGUACAUCCAGCCGCUCAAAUCCAGCGGCGUCGCGCUCGGUGCACCCGCCGUCUCGUCUUCGGAGGGCUCCCAGACGUGGCUGACGAACUUCAUCAACGCGUGUGGCUCUACCUGCACGUUCGACUUCGUGCCCGUUCACUGGUACGGCGACGGCGCGGAAAACUUUGAGAACUACGUCACGGCGUUCCACAAAACGUUCAACUACCCCAUCUGGGUCACGGAGUUUGGUUCGACGUCGACGGACGCAACCGAGGUGGCGACAUUCCUGACACAGACCGUUAACUGGCUCGACCAGCAAUCGUAUGUUCAGAAGUACUCCUGGUUUGCGUUUGCUCGCCCCGAAGCUGGAAGUCCUUUGGACACCUGGCUCCUCGAUGCGAGCGGCAACGUCGACUCCCUCGGAAACAGCUACCUUACCGACACGAGCUAA